AUGAUACCUUUGCAGCAAGUCUUGUGCAUUUCUGGAAUUCUUACCCUGGUGACUGGAUAUUCACUUUAUGACAUCCAAGGACGAUCGCAUCGUCUAGUUGGGUCAAAGUUCGCCACUGAGACUGUGAAGAAUUUUGUACAGUGUAAGAGUUUGUGUGAACGCCGAUCUCUGUGUAAAUCUGUCAACUACAACACGAGAACACGAGAGUGCACGUCAAACUUUCAUGACGUCACGACGUCUCCAAUACCCUUGGUGUCCGAUGUACCAGAGGUAGUGUAUGAUGGGAAAAGUUCCAUACCACAGAGUAGCAACGUCUGUGUCACCAGCCCCUGUGAAGACUCGCAGGUCUGUGCUCAGUUAGGAUCUGGAAGAAAAUGCUUUGGAGAAAAGACAGACACUGACUGUGGCGUGCCUCCAGACGUCACAAACGCCACCAAAUCUUAUCAUGGGACGUCCCUCAAUUCCGUCACCACCUACAGCUGCUAUGCUGGCUACGUCAUGUCUGAUGGACCGGCGACGUCUACGUGCGAGGACACGAAAACGUGGUCCGCGACAAACUUCUACUGUACAAUGGUCAGUUGCAUGGUUCCAACAGUGGCGAAUGGCACCUUUAUACACCAGUCCACCACACUGGGCAGUGAAGGAUCAGUCGAGUGUGACAAGUACUUCCGGUUCUUUGGGAACAGCAGUUCAGCCAAGUGUAACGCCACUGGACACUGGGGCGGACUCAAUGGAGACUGUCGACGUGUGGAAUGGAGAAAUAUGGUUCCUCCGUUUGAGGCUCCGAUUCCUUGGCCACUCAGCGACGGGUGGGAGAUGCUACUGGCCGGUACGCCCGGGACAAAGGACUCUAUAAUCUAUGUGGACUUGAUGUACAGGCAGGACAUAUAUGUUCGCGUUGAGAUGAGAUUCAACAUUUGGGGUGACGUCAAUACGACAAUCUUCUCGGCAUCAUACAACGGGACGUUUAUUGCAGAUCUAAUCGCCAAGACGUCAAACUUCCCAUUCGUAGCUACCGUUCCCUUUGAAAUGCGGACUACUCUUCAGAACAACACCUUUGCGUUUGUCGUGGAUGGAGCAGACUUGUACACAUACAACAUACUAAGACCAGCCGAACUCAUCGACCGUUUGGCGAUAUAUGAUGACGUCACAAUUGAUAAACUGUUGUUCAUAUAUAAUAACACCAUCUAUUGAAUAUACCAUUUGGUGAUAACAGAUGGUGUCACAAUUGAUAAACUGCUUCUCAUAUACAAUAACACCAACUAUUGAUAAAGUGCUACUUAUAUAUAGUAACAUCAUCUAUUGAACAUAUUUAUUGUUAUAACAGAUGACGUCACAAUUGAUAAACUGCUUCUCAUAUACAAUAACAUCAACUGUUGAACAUAUUUAUGGUGAUAACUGAUGAUGUCACGAUUGAUAAAGUGUUCGAUUGAACACAUGUAUUGGCAGCAUUGUCAAGGAACAACACUUGAAACUUACACAUUGAUCACAAUAAUGGUUUUGUCAUUUAGAUAUAUAAAACUCAAUCUGUGGACAUAUCUACAGUCUACAGUGUGGGUUAUGAACUACAAUAUCAGGGCUCAAGCUAGGUCUAAAGUUUAGGGAGAAGUGACUUCUCCCUCCAGACCUUGAGAGGGAGAAGUUUUUAACCAGAGGGAGACUUGAAUUUAUUUCUAUUUUUUAGUAAUUUACUUGCGUUUUUAUGUUAAAUCACGUGAAGCCCCUGUUUGCUUAGCUUAGCUUAGUAACUGGUUUAACGUGUCCAUAUACCACUAGGG